AUGUCAGAGGACUGUCUCAGUCUCAAUGUGAUAUGUCCGGAGCAAGCAAAAGCCGGCAAGUUGCCAGUUGCUGUAGGAGGCCUUUACAGCGGCGGCUCCGCGAAUCCGUCGACGAAUCUCACACAUUCCGUGUACCAGUCAACACUCGCAGGAAAGCCAAUCAUUGCCGUGUCGCUCAACUACCGUCUGACCGCUUUCGGUUUCUUGUCAGGCAGUCCGGAAGUGAGCAAGCAUGGAAGCUUGAACAACGGCCUUCGCGACCAGCGCCUAGCACUUCGCUGGAUCCAAGAGAACAUCGAGACUUUCGGUGGCGACCCAGCCAAAGUCAUAAUCUGGGGCGAGAGCUCCGGAGCGCUGUCUGUAGGUAAGCAGCUCAUAGCUUACCAAGGCCGCAAUGAUGGACUUUUCCGAGGAGCCAUAAUGGAUUCUGGUGGCAUGGUCGAGAAGUGGCCAUACAAUAUUGCUAAUGCUACCGCGUAUGGAGAAGACCUCUAUCGCAACCUGACGGCCACUACCGGCUGCCUCAACGAGACAAGCUCAUUGGAGCGUCUGCGCGAUUUACCAAUCGAGCAACUGUCUGCUGCCCUGAAAUAUAGCGCUACACCCGUCUUUGCGGGCACCGGCCUCGGACCAUGGCUGACGGUGGUCGACGGUUCAGUCAAUACAGAUAGCGAUUUUGCCAGGCUUAUCGCAUCGGCGGGACCCGAUGAGCAGGCCAUCGAGACUCUUGAGAUACUGUAUCCAAAUGUCAACGCCGUGGGUCUGCCCAUGGACUACCAUCCGACAGCCAGCGACGAUGCUGCCCGAGGUGUACAGUAUAAGCGUGCAGUUGCGUUUCUGACCGACGCAGUGGAAACAAGCUCGCGUCGAUUGACACUCGACACGUGGGCCAAAGCAAAUGCGACUGCGUAUAGCGCCCGAUUGGACCUGAUUCCCAUGGAUUUGCCAUCUUACUUGGGCGCGUUCCAUGGGGCAGAUCUGAAUAUCGUCUUCAACAAUAUUAACAGCACGGGCAGCAACAUCGGUAGCACGGCCUAUGCAAGCCCGCAGUUCCGGCUAGCAUCCGAGCUGAUGAGCCGAUCUUGGGUCUCAUUUGUACAUGACCUGAACCCGAAUGGGCAUGGUGUCCCGCACGUCCCGAAGUGGCCAGCGUGGCAGAUCGAAAACUCCGCCGAAGUAGGCUCCAGCUUUGUUUUUGUCGCAAAAGCCAACGAUAGCAGAAGCGCCUAUGUUGAGCUUGACACCUAUAAGCUGGCACAGACCAGGUAUAUCAAUAGCAUCUGGAGCACGCAAUUGAAUUACUAG